AUCAACAAGUUGUGGUCAAUGCCUUUUUCUCCCUAUAUUAUAGAACAUAUAAAUUGCUAAAUUAACAAUACUUUAAAUUUUCAAUAGUACCAAAAUACUAAUUGGAAGAUAAUGAAGAAGGCAACACUAAUUCAAAAGGUUUUCUUCGUUUCCUUUUUGGUUAUUUUGUUAGGACAAACAAUCAAGGGAGUCACUUGGUGCAACGAUAGUGAUAUUUGCAUUAAAAAUUUAAAAUGCAAUGAAGGACAUCCUGUAUGUUACUACAUAUCAAACAUGUGUUAUUGUAGACUUCCACAUGAUACUAAACCUUUUAGGUGCCAAACAACUGCAGAUUGUGCUAGACAAUUGAAUUGUGUACAUGGGAGACCUUCAUGUUUUGCAAAUACAAAAAAUUGUUAUUGUAAACUUCCAAAUAGUAAACCAAAUAUUAAUGAAAAGAUGUGUAAAAACGAUCUCGAUUGCACUGUUCUAUUGAAAUGUUUGGAUCCUGGUGAUGCACCUACGUGUUACCUGAAAACACACAAGUGUUAUUGCAAAAAUUAUUCACAUCCACCAACUGGAUCUCCGCGUAUUAACGCGAGAGAACAACGUAAUUUGUAAAGGGUGAUUUAUUGGAUCAUCGAUUCAAUUUUGAUUUAUCGUAGUCAGAAGUUGUUAUAUUA